GGCGGGCGGCGCGAUGGAGGGAGCGCGGGCGGGCGGCGGCACCGCGCACGUCAGCUUCGUGUGCCAGCGCUGCUGCCAGCCGCUCAAGCUCGACACCUCCUUCAAGCUCCGCUGGUGACCGCCGCCCCUGCCAGGCCCGGGGACCUGCACGAAGAGGAGAGCGCCCUGACGGAGGAAGCCUUCGUGGAGAACCGGCAGGAUGGCGUGUCCAGGAGGUUCAUCCCGCCAGCCAGGUACAGCCACCGCCACGCUCCUGUCAGGCCCGGCCCAGUUUGGAGCCUGGCCUCUUCCUCCGGGCAGCUUGAGCCGACGCUGUGGCAGCACCUGAGAAAGCUCUCCCCAUGGCGGGGGGACACACUGAAUAGCUCGUGUGAUCCCCUAGAGUUUCCCCUGCAGGAUCCCUGUGGCCUUCGGGCUCCUUGUCAGUUUGAACAUGGAACUGCACAGUCCUUGGGGCACUGCUCAGCUGCGGGUCAACGCAAACCUGACAGGGUCCCUAAAAAACAUUGGUUGCCCCAGCCUCCUGCUCUCCCUGUUACCUGAUUCAGCCCCAGAUUUUGGUCUGGCGCUUGAGCUGCCUCCCCUCAGCACUUAGCACUUAUCUCACUAACGUUCUUUCAAAGAAUGAUGUCAACGGAAAGUGCCAACAGUUUCACGCUGAUCGGAGAGGCCUCGGAUGGUGGCACCAUGGAAAACCUCAGCCGGAGAUUGAAGGUCACUGGUGACCUCUUUGACAUCAUGUCUGGGCAGACGGAUGUGGAUCACCCACUGUGUGAGGAAUGCACAGACACUCUGCUGGACCAGCUGGACACACAGCUUAACAUCACAGAGAAUGAGUGCCAGAACUACAAGAGAUGCCUGGAGAUACUGGAACAGAUGAAUGAGGAUGAUAAAGAGAAGCUGCAGACAGAAUUGAAAGAACUGGCACUGGAGGAAGAGCAGCUGAUUCAGGAGCUGGAGGACGUUGAGAAGAACCGCAAGAUUGUGGCUGAGGACUUUGAGAGAGUCAGGGCAGAGGCUGAGCGGCUGGAGCAGGAGGAGGCUCAGUACCAGAAGGAAUACUGUGAGUUCAAGAGGCAACAGCUGGAGCUGGAUGAUGAGCUGAAAAGUGUGGACAACCAAAUGCGCUAUGCCCAGAUGCAGUUGGAUAAAUUAAAGAAAACCAACGUGUUCAAUGCAACCUUUCACAUCUGGCACAGUGGGCAGUUUGGCACAAUAAAUAACUUCAGGCUUGGCCGUCUCCCCAGCGUUCCUGUGGAAUGGAAUGAGAUCAAUGCUGCCUGGGGGCAGACUGUGCUGCUUCUGCAUGCCCUGGCCAACAAAAUGGGUCUGAAGUUUCAGAGAUACCGUCUUGUCCCCUAUGGCAACCACUCCUAUUUGGAGUCCCUCACAGACAAAUCCAAGGAGCUUCCCCUGUACUGCUCUGGAGGCUUGAGGUUCUUCUGGGACAAUAAGUUUGAUCAUGCCAUGGUGGCAUUCCUGGACUGUGUGCAGCAGUUUAAAGAGGAAGUGGAAAAAGGUGAAACUAGGUUUUGUUUGCCUUACAGGAUGGACGUGGAGAAAGGAAAAAUUGAAGACACAGGUGGCAGUGGUGGCUCUUACUCAAUUAAAACACAGUUUAACUCUGAAGAGCAAUGGACAAAAGCACUAAAAUUCAUGUUAACUAACCUAAAAUGGGGCCUUGCCUGGGUCUCAUCCCAAUUCUAUAACAAGUAACUGCAGUCAGAACUUGGCCUGGCAACUGUGGAGUGUUUGCAUUGUGUUGGAGAAAGGCAAGUUAAGAUGUCUCUUAAUAUUAACCAGUACAAAAUGUUUACAAUACCAAAAAUCCACAAGACACUUUAUUUAAAAUACCAUUAUUACAAGUAGUUUGUAGAAAAGCAAUAUGCGAAGUUGUAUCAUUGAGCUGAUCAGAAUAAAACUCAACUAUUGAAUUGA